AUGAUUAUACCACGUUUAUUGGAAAUUGUAAAGCGGAUCAAGCCUAGAUACGAUAAGUACGUCAUUGAAGAAUUUGUAAAAAACUAUGACAUUGGAAUACUUCAUUUACCACCAUACCAUUGCGAGCUCAAUCCUAUUGAGCUCGCGUGGUCGUCAGUGAAGAACCAUGUUAAAAUGAACAAUACGACAUUCAAAUUAUCUGAUGUUCAUAAACUUUUAAUUGAUGGCGUUGAACGUGUCACUCCCAAUAUGUGGAAAAACUUUGUCGAGCACACCAUAAAGCAAGAAGACAAAUUUUGGGAAAUCGAUUUUAUUGUUUACGAUGUCAUGGAAAACAUGGGCUCAACCGUUAUGACUAUAACAGGCGAAACUGAUUCUGACUCAGACUGUACGGAAUAA